ACACACUGGCAGAGCGCCGGGUUCCUGUGAGCAGGGUCGUACGCUUGCUGAGGUGCAGAGGGGUCUUUCCGUGCGGUCCCCCCGCAGGCGUGGACGCCGGUCCAGAAGGAGACUGAGGAACGAAGGAAUUUAACUAAGAUGAUGGCAACUUGUACUCCAAGAAAGAGGAAGCGAUAUACACUGAAUGCUGAUAAUGAUGAUAACCUAUUAACAGAUAUUUCAUCAAGCAAAUUAAGAUGUGCUGAAAAUCUAUUUCCAUCACCUAAUAAGAAACAUAAUUAUCAAAGCAGUGUUCAAAGGGAAGACAAGUCUUGCUCCCACCAACUCCAUUUCCCAUCAAGUCCACUCAAAACAACUGAAAAUAGUAGGUUUUCAUUUGCAAACCACAGCUCAUUAUUUAAACUAGCUGUGUCUCCUGUAUCUUUCUACAGUAAAGAGAAGAACUACCUCAAUCCACUGGAGAGGAAGUUGAUAAGAGAGUGUAGAUCUAUUUGUCUAGCAACUAAAAAUGGAGAUAAACCUUUUCCCAGUGUGACAGAAAAUAUUCAGAGAAAACCAGUCUGUACCAAGAAGAAUAAAAAAAAACAGAAGAGUUUAACUGCCAAAUAUCAACCAAAUUAUAAGCACAUCAAGUCUAAAUCAAGAAACCUGAAAAAUUCCAAGCCAAAUCAAGUGAUCUAUAAGCCAGUUGUGGACCAAGAGAACAGUUGUUUUCCAGCAAAAAAUUAUCCAAAUUCUCCUCCUCGGGUUCUAAGCCAAAAAAUAAAGCCUCAAGUUACACUCCAAGGCGGAGCAGCAUUUUUCGUUAGGAAAAGAAACUCUCUUAAAAAGUUACCUCUGGAAGAUAAGCCAUUACUUUUGCAGAAAAAUUUACCAGAAGUCACUGAAGGUGCUCCAGAGGCAAAGCAAAAACCAAAGUCCUUGUUAGUGGAUGAGAAAUCCAGUGUUGAGCUACAGGAUGCAAGAAGUAAAAAUAAAGAGAAACUGAGAAAGAAUCCCUCAGGUGCAGUAGUUUCUUCAAAGGAAUGUAACCUUGAUAAACAUGAUUUUCCUUCAGAGAAUUCACUUGAUGAGAACAAGACAAUUUCCUCAGAGUCUGUCUAUCCCAUCUUCAAUGUUUCUUCAGUGAACACAAAAAGGUCUCCACCUGAAGAACAGUCUUCUGUGGGAUCCACUGCAUGUACUAACUUCUUGAAACAGACAAAUGUACAGAAAAAUAUUCAUUCCAGAGAUACAAGUAAAGGAGGAAAAGACCAGCUCGUCAUUGACGCAGGUCAGAAACAUUUUGGGACAACUAUGUGUAAAUCUUGUGGCAUGAUCUAUACUGCUUCCAACCCUGAAGACGAAAUACAACAUCUCCAACAUCACCACCGAUUUCUGGAAGGAAUUAAAUACGUGGGCUGGAAAAGAGAACGGGUAGUAGCAGAGUUUUGGGAUGGGAAGAUUGUGUUGGUCCUGCCACGUGAUCCAAGUUAUGCCAUCAAAAAGGUAGAAGAUGUCCAAGAACUUGUGGAUCUGGAAUUGGGUUUCCAGCAGAUUGUUCCCAUGUGUCCAGACAAAACCAAAACGUUCCUCUUUAUUGAUGAAAAGAGAGUAGUUGGAUGUUUAAUUGCGGAACCCAUCAAACAGGCCUUUCGUGUCCUGUCAGAACCAAGUGCCACUAAAGAAUGUUCUAGAGCCUGGCGGUGUUCAGAUGUACCAGAACCUGCAAUUUGUGGAAUAAGUAGAAUCUGGGUCUUCAGACUGAAAAGAAGGAAGCGCAUUGCAAGACGACUGGUUGACACUGUCAGGAAUUGCUUCAUGUUUGGCUGUUUCCUCAGCACUAAUGAAAUUGCAUUUUCUGACCCAACACCAGAUGGCAAAUUAUUUGCAACCAAGUACUGCAACACCCCAAAUUUCCUUGUAUAUAAUUUUCAUAACUAAAGCCAAUUGUAAGCACAAAUCUGGUACUGUGUGGGAAGUUCAGCUAGAUAGAAACUGAUUAGUAGCAGAGUGAACGCCCUAAGACUGCACAUGUACAUACUAGGUUUUCUUUUCUUUAUAUGUUAAUUUGCUAAGAAUUGUUUGGAAUUCAAAGAAAAAAAUCUUUGUAUACAUUCUAAAUUCUUAAUUUUGAAAAACUUCACAGCAAGAUGGCUUUUGCAGAAACUGAGCUGGCUCCUUUAUAAGGAAUACAUGAACACACUUAGACCAUGGUUGUCUCGUGCUCCCAUCAGUAGACUCUAAACACCGGCUAUGAGCUAACUCCUGAAUUCCUUAUGUAGCAACCACUUUACAAGCAUAUUGUAGCAGUCAAGUUGAAAAUACUUAAAAGUGUUUUCAAUUUCUGAUGUGUUAAUAAGAUAGGAAUUAUCUCAUAUCCAUUUAUAUAAAAUAAUUCCAUAAUCCCUUAGAAAAUUAAUCAAAAGCAUGCUUAUAAAUUUUAAGUAAGACUAUUUGGCACUGUUACCUGAUUUUUUUUUUUUAAUUAUUAUUACAUGAAAAUGCUGGUAGGUAAUUCAAGUCAUGAAUCAGACUAAUGGACCUAAGAACAUAAUGACCUUAUGGAAUAUUCUGUACACCUAAAUGCACUCAGAUUUUCUGAAUUUGGAUCCUCAUUUGUAAAACAGAAAAUUCAGGUGGUUCUAAUUCUUAGAGGUCAUUUAACUGAUACUUGGCAUGAGACAUAAAGGAAGAGGGGGUUUUUUGUCUUGUUUUUUGUAUUAUAUUUUGUUGUAAAAUUGGUUCAUCUUUAAUUUGCCUGUACUACUUCCAAAAAUAGUGAGGAAGUAUUUAAA